CUUGAGCGCUCGCGAGUACUCCAUCCUGUCGGACAGGUUGAGCUAGAGUUUCGGAGAGUAGGAGGGAGGGAGGCGACGAGCGGGAAGAGGAAGAAGACUCAGGCGGCGCGAGGCGAGCGCUGGGGAGCGAGGAGAGAGGAGCCAAGGCAGCUAAGCUGCUGGAGCGCACCGCUCCCCGCACGACCUCGAGGGGCUGCCCCUGUUUGCAGGCACGGGCGCUUCCGCUAGGGGGCGACAGUGCCCCGCUCCUGUGUCCCCGCUACCCUUGUGACCCCCGGGACUGAUGAAGACACAUCUUUUAGGAAUUAAGUCUGAUCGCCUUGGGGCGAGGGGACGUGCGCAGGCAAAGGUUGCCCAAUUUGGCAGAGUCUUUUCAUUCCUUCUCUGCACCGGGAUGUGUGAGAAUCUUGACGGUAGCCGGGCUGGAAGACCUCACCUCCUAAGGCGCAGAAGACUCGGGCCUGGCUAGCAAGGAGCACGGCUCCAGUCCCGCGUGUUGGCGCCCGAGUCUUUCCGGACGACCUUCCCUUUCUAACCUUACCUGGGAGUGUCACUUGCCUGGCGAUCUCGCCUUGAAGGGAGUGAGAGGGGGUGGUUCUUAGGGCGGGGGAGAUGCGCUCUUCGUCGCCUGCAUUGCGCAUUAUCCGCGCCGGCCGCUUUCGGCGCGCCGCUGCGACAUGGGACGGCCGGAUCGCCACGACGCGAGCAGCAAUGGGAACCCGCGUAUCCCCCACCUGUCUUCUGCCGGACAACACCUCUACAGCCCCGCGCCUCCUCUCUCGCACACCGGGGUUGCAGAGUACCAGCCGCCCCCCUACUUCCCGCCGCCGUACCAGCAGCUGGCAUACCCGCAGUCCGGGGACCCUUACUCGCACCUGGGAGAGGCUUACGCUGCAGCCAUCAACCCCCUGCACCAGCCUGCGCCCACCGGCAGCCAGCAGCAGGCCUGGCCGGGUCGGCAGAGCCAGGAGGGCGCCAGCCUGGCCUCGCACCACGGCCGCCCUGCUGGCCUGAUACCCCACAUUUCGGGGCUGGAAGGGGGUGCGGUGAGUGCCCGGCGGGAAGCCUACCGCCGAUCUGACCUGCUGCUGCCUCACGCGCAUGCCCUGGAAGCCGCCGGCCUGGCAGAAAACCUGGGGCUGCAUGACAUGGCUCACUCCAUUGAAGAGAAUGUGGACGACCCGCACCUGCUUCUGCACGAUCAGACUGUCAUUCGCAAAGGACCCAUUUCAAUGACCAAGAACCCUUUGGGCCUCCCGUGCCAGAAGGACCUGGUGGGAGCAGUCAUGAACCCCAGCGAGGUCUUCUGCUCGGUGCCUGGAAGACUGUCCCUGCUCAGCUCCACGUCUAAGUACAAAGUGACGGUGGCUGAGGUACAGAGGCGACUGUCACCACCCGAAUGCCUAAAUGCCUCGCUCCUGGGAGGUGUGCUUAGAAGAGCAAAAUCCAAAAAUGGAGGCCGGUCCCUGCGGGAAAAGUUGGACAAAAUUGGGUUGAACCUUCCAGCUGGGAGACGGAAAGCUGCCCAUGUCACUCUGCUCACGUCUCUCGUGGAAGGCGAAGCCGUCCACUUGGCCCGGGACUUCGCCUAUGUGUGUGAGGCUGAGUUUCCCAGUAAACCAGUGGCUGACUAUUUAACCAGACCUCAUCUUGGGGGACGAAAUGAGAUGGCCACGAGGAAGAGUAUGCUGCUGGCCGCACAGCAAGUGUGCAAAGAGUUCACAGACCUUCUCAAUCAAGACCGAACACCCAACGGGAACAACAGGCCGGCCCCGAUCUUGGAGACCAACAUACAGAACUGCUUGUCUCACUUCAGUCUGAUAACUCACGGCUUCGGCAGCCAGGCCAUCUGCGCUGCGGUGUCUGCAGUUCAGAAUUACAUCAAGGAGGCUUUGAUCACCAUCGACAAGUCCUAUAUGAACCCUGGAGACCAGAGUCCUGCUGAUUCCAACAAGACGAUGGAGAAAAUAGAAAAGCACCGGAAAUAAAGUGGGGUGCAUGGAGGCCAGAGCGGAAAGGGAGAGGACUGAAGCCCCCUUCAUUGGGGCAACCUGCCUGGGAAGCACCAGCCUGGGGCAAGCAGUUACCAUCCGCCUCACCCUGGACCUGCCUUGGAGUUUUUGUGACUUUUCUGAUAGGUUUUUUGAAACAGGGUUUCUCUGUGUAGCUUUGUGCCUUUCCUGGAACUCGCUUUGUAGACCAGGCUGGCCUCG